AUCUAUGAUUAAUGUACCGCAACGUUACAGACAUAUUACAUUACCCGUGGUCUUCAAGCUAAAACAGAUUUGCACACGAAACUCUUAAGAAAGCAUACCUCUUUGAGUUCACGUAGAAUUACUGAUCAGACUGAUCAACAUCGAAAAAUGGGCGCAGCGCAGGAAAAAGAAGCAGUUUUAGCGUGCUCCAAAGAAGAUUUGAUUGCAGUGGGGAAGAAGCUGAUCAAUAUAAAAGGAAGAGAAAUUUUAUUGUUUCAUUAUAAGGGCGAAUUCACUGCUAUGGACCAGUUUUGUUUCCAUCAAGGAGGACCACUUAUAGCAGGUGAUAUAGAGGAAAUGGGGAAAUAUAACUGCAUUGUGUGUCCAUGGCACAAUUAUGGCCUGUGUCUGACAUCUGGAGAAGCGAUAUACGGAUACACAGGCGUGGAUCCACCAGUUUACAAAUCCCUGGGAAAGAAGCAACGAAUGCAUCAAGUGCACGAAAGAGAUGGCAAUUUAUACGUCAUUCUGAACACUGAUCCAGAAAAGCACGAGUCGGAUUAUUAUUACACAGAAAAAUAUCAAAGUGUGAGGGAAGAAAACGAGGCGCGGGAGUGGGCGUUACAAAAACGUUUAGGUUUGCUUAGUAAGAGGUAGGGAAUAAGCCAAAUUAAGGUUGAGAGAGAGAUGGAGAAAGGGAAGAUCGGAGAGGGGGGGUGGAUCUAAUAACUUGUAUAUUAAACUAGGUUAGUAGGCUGUAUAAAAAUCGAUCAAAUGUUUAGCAAACCUAGUUUGCCAUGUGAAUUCUCCGUGAAGGCAUUGGAAAUGUCUGCGAUAAGGACGUUAUCCAUCAUCUACGGACCACAUAGCCUGUCUCACACCACUCCAAAAUGUUGCGGACGUUUGGAUACGAAAAAUUGUUUAAGUUGUACACGACAUUACCAUCCACUCGUCUGAUGGAAUGAGAACAUAUUUUUUCAUUUGAAAUUGGACUCUGGAAUAUAGAUUUCAUUUGAGACUAUUGGUUUAAAAUAAAGUUGAACAAGCAUACCAAAUUUCUUGUAUC